UGUUUUAAUUUGUAUCAUCCCAAAUGGAAUUCCAAAGCUUUUGGGUAAAUGGACGACUGUUUGGCUUUUUGUUCUUCAUGAUCAUGGCGCACAACGCAAAUGGAGAUGUGAGCUAUUCCAUUCCGGAGGAGAUGAAGCGAGGAUAUUUGAUUGGAAAUAUAGCUAAAGAUCUCGGACUCGAUGUAAGCAUGCUGUCGUCUCGUAAGGCUCGCAUUGACCCUGAAGGUAACAGAAAACGAUACUGCAAUAUUAAUCUACAUUCAGGUGAUCUUAUUGUUGCGGAUAGGAUAGACAGAGAAGAGAUAUGUGAGAAAAAGGCACCGUGUGUUAUAAAACAAGAGCUCGUGCUGGAAAAUCCAUUGGAGCUGUUUCGUAUCAUUCUCACUAUUGAAGACAUCAAUGAUAAUUCACCGCAGUUUACAGAAAGCGUUAUUAAAUUCGAAAUAAGGGAAUCCGCAGACAAAGAAUCUCGUUACUUAUUGGAUGAGGCACACGAUGCGGAUAUUGGUGUUAAUUCAGUGCAGUCAUACACAUUACAAAAUAAUGAACAUUUUCUACUAAGUGUCCUUACUGGGGCAAAUGGAGGAAAAUAUGGCGAGCUCGUGCUGAAAAAAGAGUUGGAUCGUGAGCACCAGAAAGAGGUGACUUUAAUUCUUACUGCGGUUGACGGUGGGACUCCACCGAGAUCAGGUACUGUAGCCAUACACAUUACUGUGCUGGAUGCUAAUGAUAAUGCUCCAGUCUUUAGUCAGGCCGUCUAUAAAGUCAGUCUUCCUGAAAAUUCUCCUGUAGAUACUGUAGUGGUUACAGUCAGCGCUACUGAUGCUGACGAAGGACAAAACGGAGAGGUGACAUAUGCGUUUGGCCAUUUAUCUGAAACCCUUCGACAGUUAUUUCUCCUUGAUGUAAAGUCUGGAGAAAUUAAAGUAGUUGGGAAUAUUGAUUAUGAGGAGAAAAACUCUAUUGAACUGCCAGUUCAAGCUAAAGAUGGUCAAGGGCUUGCUGGUCGAUCUAUUGUAUUAUUAGAUGUUGUUGAUGUGAAUGAUAACGCUCCUUUUAUAAUAAUUAAAUCUCUGAAUAGUCCUGUUCCCGAGAAUGCGUCACCCGGUACAGAGGUUGGCAUCAUAAAUGUGCAGGACAGAGACUCUGAGAACAACGGACAGGUGCGCUGUUCCAUUCACCAAAACAUCCCAUUUAAACUUGUUCCUUCAGUCAAAAAUUACUAUUCUCUAGUGAUCACAGGUGAAUUAGACCGUGAGUUAGUGUCUGAUUAUAAUAUCACAAUUACUGCUACUGAUGAGGGCUCUCCGCCUUUAUUUUCUAAAAGGUAUAUUCACUUUACCGUAGCUGACGUGAAUGAUAAUCCACCUGUAUUUGAAGAGCAGAAUUACAGAGCUCACGUGCAAGAAAAUAACAAACCAGGCUCAUCUAUAUGUACAGUUUCAGCUACAGACCCGGACUGGCGACAGAAUGGCACUGUAGUUUAUUCUCUGUUACCUUCUGACGUGAAAGUUUCAGCAGUUUCCUCCUUUUUAUCCAUUAACGGAGAUACCGGCGUCAUUCAUGCCGUGAGGUCGUUUGAUUUUGAACAGUUGAAAAGUUUUGAAGUGCUGGUGUUAGCCAGAGAUAACGGUUCUCCUCCUCUGAGCAGUAACGUGACUCUGAGUGUCUUGAUAACGGAUGAGAAUGACAACACCCCUCAGAUAUUAUACCCCUCUUCGGACGGAAAUUCCUUCAUGACCGAGAUGGUACCCAAAGCUGCUCAGGCGGGCUCUCUGGUGUCCAAGGUGAUCGCCGUGGACGCAGAUUCCGGACAGAACGCGUGGCUCACCUAUCACAUUAUAAAAGCGAGUGAUCCGGGACUUUUCACUAUCGGUGUUCACAGUGGUGAAAUCAGGACACAGCGAGACCUUUCGGAGUCUGACAGCAUGAAACAGAACAUUAUUGUCUCCGUAAGAGAUAACGGACAACCUUUCCUCUCUGCCACGUGCGCAUUAUAUUUACUUAUAUCAGAUAACUUGGCUGAAGUCCCAGAACUGAAAGACAUGUCUCAUGACGAGAGCAGCUCCAAACUCACUUUUUAUUUGAUCAUCGCGCUGGUCUCCGUUUCAACUUUCUUCAUGACCUUCAUCAUCAUCAUUCUGGCCGUGAGGUUUUGUCGCAGGAGAAAGCCCAGACUGUUGUUUGAUGGAGCUGUAGCCAUUCCCAGCGCGUAUCUGCCUCCAAAUUACGCAGAGGUGGACGGCGCGGGAACUCUCCGCAGCACUUACAAUUAUGACGCAUACCUGACCACGGGCUCGCGCACAAGUGAUUUCAAGUUCAUCAGAUCUUAUAAUGAGGGCAAACUGACUGCUGACAUGACGCUGAAAAAGACGCAGUCUGCUUUGGAUGAUCUUGGGGGACUUGAUUCGGAAAUUGAUGAUUCGUUUCAGAUCCAGCAUCUGCCGGGAUUAAACUGAUGAGGUUUAUUGACUAUGAGGAGGAGAGUGUUAUCAUACUACCAAA